CGGUGACUUAUUUUUUAAAAUUCAAUUCCCAAAAAUUUUUGCACUUAUCGUCUUCGCCCGUAGAGGUUUUCGAGGAGCUAUCAAUUGGCCAAUAAAGAGCAUUACCAAGUCCUUCACCUUCAUCCCUUAACCCUUAGAUCGCUAGGAGAAGCUCAAAGAGAUCAGCUUUAAUGGCUCCCACAUUCGGCAAAUGUUUCAUGUUCUGCUGCGCCAAGACCUCUCCGGAAGGAGACGAAAUGGCCACGGACUCGUACGAAGCCGCCAUUAAAGGACUUACGGAUCUUCUCAGUAAGAAAACAGAUCUCGGAAAUGUCGCCGCCGAGAAGAUCAAAGAGUUGACGGUGGAGCUGAAGGAGCUUGCUUCCAGCAACUCUGACGCCGUUGAACGUAUCAAAUCCGGUUUUACCCAAUUCAAAACUGAGAAAUACUUGAAAAAUGAUGCUCUGUUCAGUGAUCUCGCCAAGGGUCAGAGUCCAAAGUUUCUCGUAUUCGCUUGUUCGGAUUCGCGAGUAUGCCCAUCUCACAUCUUGAAUUUCCAACCUGGAGAGGCCUUUGUUGUUAGAAACAUUGCAAACAUGGUUCCACCUUUUGACCAGAAGAGACAUUCUGGAGUUGGUGCCGCCGUUGAAUACGCAGUUGUACAUCUCAAGGUGGAGAAUAUUCUGGUGAUAGGCCAUAGCCGUUGCGGUGGGAUUAAGGGACUCAUGUCCAUUGAAAAUGAUGCUGCACCAACUCAGAGUGAUUUCAUUGAAAACUGGGUGAAGAUAGGCGCAGCAGCGAGGAACAAGAUCAAGGAAGAACAUAAAGACUUAAGCUCCGACGAUCAGUGCGACAAGUGUGAGAAGGAGGCUGUGAAUGUGUCGCUUGGAAACUUGCUUUCUUACCCGUUCGUGAGAGCUGCGGUGGUGAAGAACACACUUGCAAUCAGAGGAGCUCACUACAAUUUCGUCAAAGGAACAUUUGAUCUCUGGGAGCUCGAUUUCAAGACCACUCCUGCUUAUGCCUUCUCUUAAGAUGAAGAACUCUUUUGAGAUUUGCUUCUUCUUCUUUUUUUCUUUUCUUUCUCAAAAAACCUUUGACCUCAUCUCUUCUUCUUUCUCUCAUGUUGAUUCUGAUCUCAACUUCUUUUGAUUCUUUUCUUACUCAAACUUUGGCUUUGCUGCUUUUGUUUCGAAAGCUCAAACAAUAAAUCUGUAAACAACAUUUGAAUCUCCUUUAUUCGUCUAAUUGAUGUUCAAAUUAAGAAUGA